AUGGUGGGCGUGCUGAAGAAAACCACAGGCCUCAUGGGUUUGGCUGUGUGUGAGAUGCCGCACGAGGAACCAGAGGGUAAAAAAUUAGAAGACCACCUUCAGCUUGGCCAAGUAGAGGAGGUGAUUCUUCAGGUUGAAAGUGAACUAAGUCUGGCAAGGAAAAUGGUGUGGUGGAAUCCAUGGGAGCCGUUAGCGGAAGAGCCUGCUGCCAGCCAGUGGAAGUGA